AUGUCAAAAUCCGAUAUCUGGGUAGCUGAAAUAGAAUCCACAAGUUUUGACAAAACAGAAGUUUUACCUACAAAUAAGGACUAUGAUAAUAUAUCAGUACCAAUUCUUUUGACAAAUAGUUCAACAGUACCAUCUAGUCAUUUUGUUAAGUUAACUCCACCACCCGGAUUUGGAAGAUCUAAGAUGAAAUAUGACUAUGGUAAAGCCAUGGCACUUUCCAUCUUAUUUUAUGACGCUCAGAGAUCUGGCAAACUACCUGGUAACAACCCCAUCCCAUGGAGAGGGGAUUCUGCAAUGGGUGAUAACGGGGAUGGACACGACAUAAAAGGAGGCUGGUAUGAUGCUGGAGAUCAUGUCAAAUUCAACCUUCCGAUGGCAACAUCAGCUCAUGUUCUAGGAUGGGGGUUAGAGAAAUUCAAAGAUGCCUAUGAACGUGCAGGAAAACUGGACGAAAUGUAUGAUUGUUUAAGAACACCACUUGACUAUUUCCUGAAAUGUUGGGUUCCAAGCCAGCAAACCUACUGGGUGCAGGUAGGUGAUGGUGGAUUAGACCACCGUUCCUGGGGGAGAGCAGAGGACAUGCACAUGGGCAGACCAGCUUAUAAAAUUUAUCCCGAGGCACCAGGCAGUGACGUUGCAGGAAGUACAGUUGCAGCACUCGCUAUCGGAUCAGUUGUUUUCAAAGAAAAUGAUGCCAGUUACAGUGAUACACUACUGGUAGCGGCUAAAUCCUUGUACGAGUUUGCAAAAGCAAAUCCUGGUAUAUAUUCCAACAGCGUUCCUCAAGCAAAGGCUUUUUAUAACUCCUCUGGAUAUACCGAUGAAAUGUGUGAAGCUGCAGCUGAACUGUACAAAGCCACAAAAGAUCAGCAGUAUUUGAUAGACGCAAAGUUUUUCUACGACCCUACAUUGGCCUGGGGUUAUUUUUGGGAUGACAAACAACCAGGUUGUCAGCUUCUACUCUGGGAAUUAACUGAAGAAGUGAAAUAUAAAACUAACAUAGAAACAUUCAUUGCGUCAUACGCCCCUGGUGGCUCUGUACCUAUGACACCAUGUGAAUUGACUUACAGGAGUAAAUGGGGAUCAAACAGAUAUGCUGCUAAUGCUGCUUUUAUUGCCGUGAUUGCUGUUGCCGACGGAAUAGGAGGAGAUAAGUUCUUAAAUUAUGCCUUGUCACAAAUAAACUACAUCUUAGGGGACAAUAAUAAACAUUUCAGUUAUGUAAUCGGAUUUGGAAAUUAUUAUCCGAAGAGGCCUCACCACAGAGGAGCCGCAUGUAAGCCAGGCUGGUGUGCUGCCUCGUGGCAAGAUAGUCCAAAUAUUUUGUACGGCGGAGUUGUGGGUGGACCCGGUCCGAAUGACGAUUAUCAAGACAAUCGAGAAGAUUACGUCAAAAAUGAAGUAGCGUGUGAUUAUAAUGCUGGUUUCCAAACUGCAUGUGCAGGUCUCUACCACUUCGCAAUCAAUAACCAGCUGCCUCCAUCCCCACCUGCGAAAUGUUGAUUUUCGGAUACUGACCUUUGAAACUGAAGACUUACAACAGAUUACUGUUAUGAUGAAUUUAAGUAGUUGAUCAGAAUA